AUGGAUGAGAUUAUUGCUUGGAUAUCUCAAUCUAAGAAGAACCGACGCAUGCCAUAUCAUAAGGUUAUCAGAGCACUUAAUCUUAGUGUAUCUCCCACUACACUUGCUUAUACUUUGAGGAAAAGAGGCUAUACACGAUGUAAGGCCCUUCGCAAGCCUGAUUUGAGUCCAGAACAUCGACGGCAACGACUUAUAUGGGCCUUAGAACAUGUUAAUUGGACAAUUGAACAAUGGAAUAAGAUUUUAUGGACUGAUGAAACUUGGGUUACUUCAGAGUGCCAUACCCGGAUUUAUGUGACUCGUACGACUGGCGAAGAAUACGACGAUACUUGUCUUCGAUCUAGAAGACAGAGAUAUUGGGGAUGGAUGUUUUGGGGCUCUAUUCACGGAAAUACUAAAGGUCCAUGUUUAUUCUGGGAAAAAGAAUGGGGCACUAUCAAAGCUGAGACUUAUUGUCAAAGAACCGUGCCUAUUAUUGAUGGAUAUCUUCGUUUGUUGAGAUCAGAAGGCUUGCAGUCAAUGCAAGAUGGGGCUCCAGGACACUCUGGUGCUUUUACAAGGGAAGAGCUUCAUUCACGGGUUUGGGACUGGAUGAAGAGCUGGAUUGAUGAAAGAUAUCCUGAGGAUGAUGAAUUAUCUUAUGAUUUACUUAGGCAAGCAGUACGAGCUGCGUGGGAUGCAGUACCAGAUAGCUUUCUUGCUAAGCUUAUUGAUGGCAUGCAGGCUCGCUGUCAAGCAGUAAUAGAUGCAGAGGGAGGGCCCAUUCCAUAUUAG